GGCUCAGUGCUGCGCUUCGCAUCUGAGGCGUCUGCUGCGACAGCUCAGUCAGCCGCGCUCUGUGUGCCGGGGGCUCGUGAGGAGGCAGCUCUUCUAGUAGUGCUCGGCGUCAGACAUGGCGGAGGCGAUGGAUUUGGGCAAAGACCCCAACGGGCCCACCCAUUCCUCGACUCUGUUCGUGAGGGAGGACGGCAGCUCCAUGUCCUUCUACGUGCGGCCCAGCUCUUGAAAAAAAAACCAAAGAGAAAGUAAAUCAGACCCUGAGCAGAGGGUCAGCAUAAAACCACAGAAUAAGAGAACUCCAGAUUUGCCUGAAGAAGAGUAUGUGAAGGAAGAAAUCCAGGAGAAUGAAGAAGCAGUCAAAAAGAUGCUUGUGGAAGCCACCCGGGAGUUUGAGGAGGUUGUGGUGGAUGAGAGCCCUCCUGAUUUUGAAAUACAUAUAACUAUGUGUGAUGAUGAUCCACCCACACCUGAGGAAGACUCAGAAACACAGCCUGAUGAGGAGGAGGAAGAAGAAGAAGAAGAAAAAGUUUCUCAACCAGAGGUGGGAGCUGCCAUUAAGAUCAUUCGGCAGUUAAUGGAGAAGUUUAACUUGGAUCUAUCAACAGUUACACAGGCCUUCCUAAAAAAUAGUGGUGAGCUGGAGGCUACUUCCGCCUUCUUAGCAUCUGGUCAGAGAGCUGAUGGAUACCCCAUUUGGUCCCGACAAGAUGACAUAGAUUUGCAAAAAGAUGAUGAGGAUACCAGGGAGGCAUUGGUCAAAAAAUUUGGUGCUCAGAAUGUAGCUCGGAGGAUUGAAUUUCGAAAGAAAUAAUUGGCAAGAUAAUGAGAAAAAAAAGUCAUGGUAGAUGAGGUGGUUAAAAAAAAUUGUGACCAACGAACUUUGGAGAGUUCUUGCGUUGGAACUGGCACUUACUUUUUGACCAUUGCUGCUGUUGCUCUGUGAGUCCUAGAUUUUGUAGCCAAGCAGAGUUGUAGAGGGGGAUAAAAAGAAAAGAAAUUGGAUGUAUUUACAGCUCUCCUUGAGCAAGUAUCAAUGUGUUUAUGAAAGGAAGAUCUAAACCAGACAGCAAUUGGUCUACAUAGUAGUAAUCCUUUGUUGGAAUGGAACCCUUGCUAUAUUAGUGACAAAGUGAAAGGAAAUUUAGGAGGCAUAGGCCAUUUCAGGCAGCAUAAGUAAUCUCCUGUCCUUUGGCAGAAGCUCCUUUAGAUUGGUAUAGAUUCCAAAUAAAGAAUCUAGAAAUAUGGGAAGAUUUAAUUAUGAGGCCUUGAACACAGAUUAUCCCCAAACCCUUGUCAUUUCCCCCCAGUGAGCUCUGAUUUCUAGACUGCUUUGAAAAUGCUGUAUUCAUUUUGCUAACUUAGUGUUUGGGGACCCUGCUCUUUGGCUGUUCUUUUUUUGGAGCCCUUCUCAGUCAAGUCUGCAGGAUGUCUUUGUUUACCUACCCCUCAGUUUUCCUUAAAACACGCACACAACCCUAGAGACUCUUAAGAAUAAUGUUACUUGGUUAAUGUGUUAUUUAUUGAGUAUAGUUUGUGCUAAGCAUUGUGUUCGAUUUAAAAAAUUAGUGGAUUGACUCCACUUUGUUGUGUUGUUUUCAUUGUUGAAAAUAAAUAUAACUUUGUAUUCGA